AUGCUUGGGAAAACACUCACAUCGGCCGCCUUGUGGGCUGCUGCUGCCUCGGCGGCGUCGCAUCCCAUGCGCACGCCUGCACCAGAACCAGCUGCGGCGACGGCGGCGGCGGCCACGGCCACGGAGAAGGUGACGGCCGUCACGAGUUGUCAUUUGCACGGCACCGCAGAAUUGUACUGUAUGCAUGGAACUACCGAAUAUCUCAUGCAGACCACCCCGACGCAGACCACCGACCUGCCGGCCAGCUUCACAGGGUGUCACAACCACGAAGCGGAUCUGUAUUGCAUUGCGGCAGAUGGCAACGAAGUCCUCGCCCAGAACGAGGAAGCGCCAGCGGGCGACAAGGACCACACAGGUGACGCUGGUAGCAAUGUCCACUGCCACUCCCACGCUGGUGUCGAACACUGCGUUGGUGGUGAUGGCGAGGAGUCACAGGCACCCAAGUGCGAUGCCCCCAAGCGCGACUACAACAUCGGCCUGCGCGUCGGCCUUCUCUUUGCUAUUAUGGCUACGAGUGCUCUCGGUGUCUUCGGGCCUCUGUUCUUGCAGCGGGCCAUGGGCAGGCACCUCUCGCUCGUCUUUACCUUUCUCAAGCAGUUUGGUACGGGCAUUGUCAUCUCCACUGCCUUUGUCCACUUGUACACACAUGCGUCGCUCAUGUUCAACAACAAGUGUCUCGGAGAUCUAGGUUACGAAUCUGUGACGUCGGCGAUUGUCAUGGCCGGUCUGUUCCUGUCGUUCAUUGUCGAGUACAUUGGCCACCGCGUCGUCCUCGCCAAGGAAAAGUCUGUGGCGGAGCUGUCGAUGGAGGAGAAGUCUCAGUCGAUCUUUUCUGCCGAAGUAGUCACUAUUCUCGUGCUGGAAGCUGGCAUCCUGUUCCACUCUCUACUUAUUGGCCUUACCCUUGUCGUUGCAGCGGAUCAAUACUUUAUCACGCUUUUCGUCGUCAUUCUAUUUCACCAAAUUUUCGAGGGCUUGGCACUCGGUACACGAAUUGCGACCAUUGGCACCAAACGCGAUGCACACAGCCACGGACAGCCGCAGCUGUACAAUGGAAGCGCCGCCGAUCCCAAUUCGACGAUUGGCCUCUCCCUUCGUAAAAAGAUGGGACUCGCCUCGCUCUUUGCGUUUGUCACGCCGCUCGGCAUGGCCAUUGGCAUCGGCGUUCUGAAGUCGUUCAACGGCAACGAUCCCUCGACCAUCAUUGCCAUUGGCACGCUGGACGCCCUCUCGGCUGGUAUCCUGGUCUGGGUCGGCGUCGUUGAGAUGUGGGCAGGUGAUUGGAUGGUUGGUUCGCAUGGGGCAAAGGCAGAGCUGUCAGACGCGGAUGGACUGACGGUCGGUAUUGCUGGCUUUGGCUUGGUGGGAGGACUGGUGGUGAUGAGUGUCUUGGGCAAGUGGGCAUAG